UAGACGCUUCGUGUAUCCCCACCAGUUCCGUAGCCCCCCCUGGCUCAAGCUGCUCUGGCUCAGGCGGGCCUCCGCGGCUGGCCGGGCCUCCGCCCAUCGGCCCUCGGCCUCCCCGCCCGCGGGGGCGUGCGAAGGGGUCGCCUCCCUCCGCGCCCCCGCUCGCUCGGCCAUGGGGUCCCGCCCGCCGACGCGCCCGCCGCGGCCGCCGCCGCCGCCUCCGCCGCCGCGGCCGCCACGGGCGGGCCGCUGCCGCCGCAGUCGUUGGCUGUGGCAGCUGGCCGUGGCGCUGCUGGCUCUCCGCCGUGCGCCUUCGAGGGCGAGUUGGGCCUGCAGGCGCCCGUCGGCUACUGGGACCCGCUCGGCCUUGCGCAGGACGGCGACGCGGAUGUCUUCGACAGGAUGAGGUGCACCGAGAUCAAGCACAGCCGCGUCGCCAUGUGGGCCGCCAUGGGGUACAUCGUGCCGGAGUUUUUACGGUGGCUGGGAGGUGUCGCCCUCGAUGGGCCUGCCUUUGCGAGCCUUCCGAAUGGCCUGAGCGCUCUGGGCAAGGUGUCUGGUGCCGGCUGGGGUCAGAGGUUCCUGUUCUGCGGCUUCCUCGAGCUUUACACGGCCAAGCAGGACCCCACGGACCCUCCGGGCAAGCUCAGCAGAUCCGAGGCGGGCUUCGGAAAGUCGUACUUCGGGGCCCUCAAAGUGUUCAAGGGGGACGGCAUCGCGGACCCUGAGAAGAACAAGCGGUCCCUGAGCGCGGAGCUGGCCAACGGCCGCCUGGCCAUGAUGGCCAUCAUCGGGGUGAAGCUGUCCCUCUACGAGGUCACGUCGGCCUGGCGGCCUGGCAGCUCCUCGUGGGCACUGAUGCCACCACACAUGUUCUUCCAGGACGGCCUCACGGGCUCCGCCUGGGGCGACUGGGCGACCUACACGUCCAUCCAUAAUCGGUACCCAGACGAGUUGCCCUGAUCAGGGAUGUGGAGGAGCAUGCAGUGGAAUACGGGGCUGGGUAAGACGUCAUAUCCCAAGAGCAAACCCCAAGGGUACGAAGGAGGUUGGAAGAGGAAGCCUGCUAAGCCACUCACCCCUAUAGGGCUGGUGGGGUUUUGCCAUGUCCCCUGUGGCCCUGGGGCUGGUUGCUCUGAUGUGUUGCCGCAGAAGCACAGCAAUACCGAAUUCAUUAUGGACGUGCAUGUUUUCUGUAUGUGGCGUUUCGAUUGGGUGUUCCGCACAUUCCGCACGUAUGCGGCAUCUGCAAUUUUGCUACGGUCCUUGGGGUUGGUUGUUCUGGUGAGCUGCUGCGGAAGCUCGUGACAUAUCUAUUGAGUUGUCCGCGCAGUUUGUAUGCUUUCGCCAUCUGCAGUUCUGCCAUGGUCCCCGUGGCUGGUUGUUCUGUUGUGUUGCCGCUGUAGUACUGACACAAUACAUGUAGUAUUGAGAUGUGUGUGUUCGGCAUGUGACGUUCCAAUGUGACCGUCUUAUCUUUUUGGCAUGCGACGCGCUACACUGACUCAUUCACAUGCCGCAUGCCCUCAGUACGAUGUUGCCGCUCUGACUUCGGAUUUUGUAUUUUUGUGGGUGUUCACGAACCGUGGCCAUACAUGGGUCCACAAAAGGUUCGGAAAAAAGGCAGUCCUAUCAACACGCAUUUCUUAAUUUGUAUGUUCCAAUCGCAACCGCAUCCUGAUGCCAAUCAUCUAGCAGCCACCCUGUUUUCUUGCUUGGUCGAGGCUGGAAACCAGCGAGCUUGAGCAGCCAUCUUUCGCAGUGUAUCUGCCUGCGUCAUCAUACCUGCGUCAUACCUAUUCCCGAGACCGGAGCGCGUCUGAUGGUCUCACCUUGCUGUGAUUUCCCCCCUGUGAGGGGAUCUGCUUAAGUCUGGGUUUGCCUGGUCCGUCGGAGACCCGCAAGAGGGGUCGCGAGAGGGCCCCCAGAGGCUCCCUAGCGCCCCCCUCCCCCACUUACCCUUGGCCACUCUCGUUGGCCGCGCCCCGCCCGCCAGGUGUCGACACGGCCUUCAGAGGCCCCUGCAUCCGUGUCGCGCGUCCUUCUGAUACGAGUCGCCUGUAACGGCGAUGUAUGUCUCGGCAUUGUAGUCGGGGGCGGUUCGUGGCCAGCCCAGUUGUAGGCAAGCGUUGCUCGUGUUCUGCCGCAUCUCGCGGUGUCGUACCUGAAACGCAGGAGAGCGUGGUGCGUGUUUUCCUACAAAAUCCCCACAUCCAAAGUGGGGUUGUUGUUUUUCUUGACAUCCCGCGCAGGAACAGAACACCCACUCGCUCACUCACUCACUCACUUGGAC